CUCUGACUUCAUCCGGAUGGAUAUCUCUUGUCAGGGCACUGAUUACGAUAUUUCUCAGCUGUUGCACAGAGCGAAGUCACUCUUAGUUCUUCGUCGGUUUGAUGAUGUGUUGGAGGUAUGCACGGGAGCCUUUGAACUUGUCUCGAAGAGGAGAGAUGACUCUCACCUGUCCAACGAUUUAUUCAGGUUUGAGCGUAACUAAAAGAUAUAUAGCCAAUAUCAAGGCCAGCUGAGAUUCGUCUUAAAUAAAAGUCGUAAAUGUGGUAGGGUUUUCAACGGUAAAAUUUCGUAGCAAUCACAGUUGAUCCUCAAGGAAACAAAUUAUUAUUUAAAAUUAGGGAGAUCGAAUGGAAUAUGAUUGUCCCUUCUGGGGAUGACAGACCACUAGUGACUUACUCUCAACCAUACAAUUCUUGUAAUGUUAGUUCAGAGAAUUCAGUAUUGGAUCAACUAAUUAUCCCCUCUUGAACUGAAUGCAAAUCUUAUUUUAAAUGCAGAUGUGGUAAUACCAAUUUUAUGAUAAUUUACAGGAACAUUGGAUAAUAUUGUUCCAUUGAGUGUAGAAUUUUGCUAUUUUACCUCAUGCAGGAAUUCAGAUCAAUGGACACAUUUUGCAGUUAUUGGAAUUCAAGCCUUUGCAGAAAUAAACCAGUGUCAAAAAGCUAUUACAUUCACCACUAAAGCAUUUGAACAUUUUAGAAAGUUUCCAACAGAAGCCUUGGAAUUGUGGUAAGUUUAAUAGUGAUCUAGUUUUAAUUGAUCAUGUAACUACAUUUGAACAAUAUAUAUAUGUUAUUUGCCAGCUGGGAGGUCUGUAUCAGGAAAAACUGUGCCCGAGGUCUUGAGUACCACUUGAGGCCUACAGCCUCGGGCAGAAAAACGAGAUAUAUUUAUGAAAAAUGGCAAUGAAGGUAAGGAUGUAUUCAGUGAUAUCCAAGGAAUAUUUGGGAUGGAUUACAUAAGUGUUCUCCUAAUUGAACUUCAGACAUUGCAAUAAAUCAGGAGCUCUUAAAAAUGGUUAUUAAAGUUAACAAUUGUGACCUCUCUCUAGUUCUGAAGUUAUUAAAAUGAAUUUAAUUUUGGAGUGUUUUGCCUUGAAACGUAUAGAAUUAAUUGUUAUUUUAUUAUUUUUUCAGCAAGGGGCUCAACACUUUGUUUCCCAAGAGCUAAAUUUUGUAUUCAUUGCAGUGUGUGUCUUCUUCUGAAAGCAUCAAAGUACAAGGAGGCUGGGAAACUUGUUCAGGAUUGGCUUUCUUGUGAAGAUAACUUCUCUCAAGUCAAAUAUGUGAAAAUAGCAGAAGUUUAUGUCAAACAUAUUCUCUUUCCCCAACAAUUGCAUGAAGAGAUAAAAUGUUUUCUGGAGACCAAUCACGUCAUUCCUUCCAGUGAGAAACAGGUUAGAAGUAUAGUAAGUUGGCAUUGUGGAUAACGAGGAUGGUAUAGAACUGAGAGGGCUCACCUCCCCCCACUGUGGCACGGGUUGGAUUCCCAGACCUAGUGUUGCAUGUGGGUUGAGUUUUGAUUGGUUCUUGUCCUUGAUCUUAGGGGUUUUCUCUGGGUUUUCCACUUUUCUUCCCUCCACAAAAACCAAUAUUACAAAUUUCAGUUCAAUUUGGGAUCAGAGGACAAGAAGAGACACCUCAUAGAAUGUCCACUGCUUAAUCUCAUUAUUACUAUUUAUUAUUAUUACUUUAGAACCUUAACACCUUUUAGGAAAAUAACUAUCUAUUGAAAACACUCUGAGUGAAAGUACUCUCUUAUGAUACUAAAAAGACUUAAAACAGCCUGACAAAGCUCAAACUCAAGUUCAUAAUGAAACAUUUUUCUUGAAACUGUGGCUACCCAAACUGUUAAUAGAUUUAAAAAGAGAAAUGUGUCUAAUUCUUAAAACCAUCAAUGCAAUUUUCAGGUUCCUAGCUACAUUUAUAAUGGUCAAAUAGAAAAACCUAGUGAAAAACCUUCACUUUUCUUACUAUUCUGCAACAUUUUUGGCUUAUUAGAUCUUUCUCCCCUGUGAGAUUCCCAAGCAUCUUUUGAACACCCUCAAUAUUGUAAAUAAUUUUGCAUUUCUCUUCCAGGUACUUUUCCAGUUCACAAAACCUUUUGCUGAUGAGAAGGUAUUUUAUGAUUGACUUCAUGAUAUAUUGAGUAUUUAAAUAAGUAAAAUAUCACAUUAGAGCAAUUUUUUUGGCAGGGGUUCUCCACUGUGGCUGUUUCCCUCUAUCAUCAGAAUGAAGUUACAGUUUCCAUUUUUCUGUACUUGUAUCCUCUCUCAGGAUGCUCUUACAGUUAACCCAAUCAACCUAAAAGCUCUUUUAUUUAUAAGCAAUUAAAAGGUCUGCUCUCUUUACCCAUCCAUGCAAAUAUCAUUAAUUUUUAGCUGAAACUCAUUUUAAGUAUUUUGACAAAGUAAAUGACCACCGUUGAACCAAAACUAUAAAAAAAAUGUGUAUAACACUACAAAUUUAGACUCUGUGCAUUCAUCUAUGAAAGCUUACUUUUUGACUUUUUGUCAUUAUCUUUGGAUGUUAGGUUGAAAGGUGUAACACGUCACAUGAGCUAACAGCCCCUGCUCAACUUCCAGCAGAACAUGGUAAGAACACUUAGUAACUUACUAUUAAUGUUUAAAGGGAUCACCUAAUUGUGCAGUCACAGUAAUGGCUCUUGUAACAUUUUUGUUCUGUAGAUUGUGUUAUUUUUGUAGGCUUCAGAACCACCGUAUGAUGCAACAAAAUUAACAUAGGGAUGUGGGCCAAACAUAAGCAUUCAAAGCCCUGAAAUAUUGGUGGAAGAUACCGCUCAGUCAUGAACUGUCUUCAAGUUUUCAUAGUUGCCUUGAGAACUAUGCUUUUCAGGCCAACUGUACAUUUUUCAAACUUUAUUUCAGCCUCAGGCCAUAUGCUCCAAUUUGCCAGCCAUUGGAAUGGAUUUAUUUGAUAAAAAGCUGUGACAAUUGAUUUGAUUACAGAAGAACUCUAUAAUAUAUCUGAGAAUGCCUUAAACCAUACAUUCGCUGAAGUGAUUAACAUUUAACUUCUCCCCAAGAUAUUCAUACAUUAUCCUUCAAAAAGGUAACGAGAAUACUCAAACUUAUCAGGUAGAAGUUAUUAUCAUAGUCUGACACCAUCUUGAGAGUCGAAGGGUUAAUGCAAAGAACUGAUUGCCAUGGAAUAAACUUGUAGACCUAAUAGAAUGAAUAACAACAGUUUUCCGUUCUUAAUGUGUUCAAAUUUUAGUAUGUUUUUUUUUCAUUUUUCAUUUUGAUAGGUGUUGCUUAUGAAUGGCUAAGAGCGAGGGCAGUCGUACAAAAGCUUCAGAGCCUGUACCGGAUCGUCUUCUUCCAUCAUAAAACAAGGAUUCUUGUUAGAAUGAUUAUCCUUUUGUUUUUCGUUUACUGCUUCAUCUCAGCGAGUAUCUAUCAAGGUAACUCUUCAUCGGAAAGUUGUCUUUUUGUUACUGUUCUGGAAUACUAACCCCUUGUAGGAAGUCUUUUUUCAGGGUUAAUUCUCCUUAACACCUUGUUAGCAUUUUCUUACUAGCGGUAAAUUUCGUUUAAUUUCCAUCCUUUUCAUUCUCGGAAAAAAUUACGAUACAUUACUUGAGUGCACCGUGAAAUCUUGCUCCUAAUUUUGCUUUCAACAGGAGUGAACAAAGGUUCAGGAAUAUUCAGUCUGUGGCUUGCUGUGUUAAACGCUUGGAGAGCAUUGAUUAGUCCUACUAAGUGAUAAAUUAGCAGGUACGAACUCGGGCGGAGACGAACGAGACGUACUUGUGGACGUAAAACUCCAAGAGUGGAGGAAAAGUAGAGACUGGAGCACAAACUGACCAAACUGAAGUGCCUGAGCUUCAUAUGCUGCUUACACAAAUACCUUUUAAAAUCGAUCAAAAGAAAGGCGAGUACCAUGAGCCAUCCAUCUGAGGAAAAUUGCUUAGGAAUGCUGAGAGAUAUCGGAUAAUUUUUAUUCAAGACGAGUGAGAAAUCUCAAAUCAAUUGUAACGAACAUGGAGAAAUUAUCUCUCUUACAAUCUGAACAAGAGCUGAAGUGGCUACAAACUGGAGCAGAAUGUUUGAGGUUUAAAUACAUAAGGAAAGCAAUGUUUGAAGUAGAUUUUAACUUCUGAUAGUUGAGCUCAGAUUAACAAAUGGACCGUGACAAUACUCUAGCUAUUCUUCGGUGAAACUGUGUGUUGGUUUUCGUGCUUUGUAGGUGUCAUGAGUAUCCAUGAAAAUAAACCAUGAUACAUUAACAGACCCCGAGUGUGAAGAAAGACGCGCAGCAAACAACAACAAAAGCGUUAAAACGAGAUAAUACAGCGAUCAAUACUGUCUCAUGAAACAUUAAAUCGAACUCUAUGUGAACACUGACGAGCUCGUGGUAAGUAACUCACGGUGAUAAAUGUUAAACAAACAGUUCGUUAAGGAAACUGUAACAGGGCUUCUGCAUCUGCGCUUAAAACAAGACUAAUGCUAGGUGUUUCUUCUCUUGGAAGACUACUGAUGUUGCGAUGAGAUAUUUAUCUCAGUCUUACAGACACUUCAUGAUGUUACGUUUCAUUGGCUAAGGAUGAUGUAAGUCAAAGGCUAAAGUUCAUUCCCAAUGUGAGUCGGUUUUCUGUUGUCAUUAAUAAAAGAAAAAAUAAACGAAAAAACAUAUCAUAAAACCAUUCGGUGUCUGUGGGUAAAGAUUUUUUAACAUUUUCGAACGUGAUUGGUUGUAACUAGCCCGAUUUGAGCACUAAUAGGACAGUGUACUUGUCAUGCUUGUAAUUGGACAGUGAAAUAGGACAGUUGAAUUAUCAUGCCUGUGUAAGUGGAC